AGGUAGUUAGGUGCUUCAAAGUUGGACAAUAUGAUUACCUGUAGCCACUAACUUCAAUUAUACAAUCUCUGCCUUUGGUCUCCUCAAUCCCUUGCAGUCCACAUUUCUCUAUAUCAUCCCUCUUUCACUUAUCUCUUUCUAAUUCCUUCUCCUUCCCAUUAGCUCCUCCUGUACUGCAAAAAGAAGGGAGAGAGUGAGAAUAUAGAAAAAAGUAUAUUUGCAGUAUUCGCUAGGUGAGAGUUAAAGGCAUGGCAUUUGCAGGAACAACCCAGAAGUGCAUGGCCUGUGACAAGACUGUGUAUCUUGUUGAUAAGUUAACAGCCGAUAACCGUAUCUAUCAUAAGGCCUGCUUUCGGUGCCAUCACUGCAAAGGAACACUCAAGCUGGGCAAUUACAAUUCCUUUGAAGGGGUACUGUAUUGCAGACCGCAUUUUGAUCAACUCUUUAAGAGAACUGGCAGUCUAGAAAAAAGCUUUGAGGGAACACCAAAAAUUGUAAAACCCGAUAAACCAGCUGAUGGUGAGAAACCUAGUGCUGCUAAAGUCUCGAGCAUGUUUGGUGGAACCAGGGAGAAAUGUUUUGGCUGUAAGAACACUGUCUAUCCAACUGAAAAGGUUACGGUGAACGGAACUCCUUACCACAAGAGCUGCUUCAAAUGCAUCCAUGGAGGGUGUGUAAUCAGCCCAUCCAACUACAUUGCACAUGAGGGUCGACUCUACUGCAAACACCACCACAACCAACUCAUUAAGGAAAAGGGAAACUUAAGCCAACUUGAAGGUGAUAAUGAGAAGGAUAGCGUGAAUGAGAAAGCUAAUGGAAGAGAAGCUGCUGCUGAAUCAUAAUCCACCAAAUGAUUCAAUACCUCCUUUACCCUGUUGUUGAGACCCUUCAUGGUUUGCUUUUCCCUGCAGUCCAAAUGGCUUUGUGCUUAUAAGUACAAGAGAUUCUUGAUAUAUCUAAUUGAUAAGUGUGUGGGAUUUUGUUUGUUGUAUUUGGGUUUUGUUCUAAACUGUGGGUGCUCGAGUGAGAUGCCAAGACCUAUUUGAUUCUCAGUAUAUGCAUGUUGAGCUCCAUUGAUGUAAUUUGUCAACUCUUAUCCACUUUGAGUAGAUGGUGAUGAUGACAAGCAUUACUGUCUUUUACUUACAACUGGUUUUUGCUUUUUGAAACUUUGGCUAUGCAAAAAAUCUUGAAUA